AUGUCUCACGCAAAGAACGUUGCGAUUGUCGGAGCCACUGGCUCUGUCGGGCAGUUUAUUGUGGCCGAGCUCCUCAAGGCCGGCAAGCACCAAGUAACGGCCAUCACCCGCUUCGAGAGCAAGGCUGUUAUCCCAGACGGAGUCAAGGUUGCAAAAGUCAACUAUGAUGACCAUGAAUCUCUAGUCGCUGCGCUUAGGGGACAGGAAGUCCUCAUCAUUACUAUGAACGUCACCGCUCCCCCCGAAUCACAGCUGAAGCUCAUUGACGCUGCAGCGGAGGCUGGAGUGCCCUGGGUUCUUCCGAAUGAAUGGGGGUGCGAUCAGACGAACGAACAACUGGCCAAUGACAUCUUUUUGGGACCCAACAGUCGUAAGGUCAGGGCACGAAUCGAGGAGCUCGGCAAGAGCUCUUGGAUCGGCAUCGCUUCAAACUUCUGGUACGAGUUCUCUCUCGGAGGAUCUGCUGACCGUUACGGCUUCGACUUCAAUAACCGAUCAGUGGUAUUUUUUGAUGACGGAAAGCAGCCAAUCAACACGACCACCUGGCCCCAGUCCGGUUUGGCGGUGGCGAGGCUGCUGGCUUUGCCUAUCAAUGCCGAUGAUGGCAAGACUCCGGCGCUCUCAAACUUCAAGAACAAGUUUGUCUAUGUCUCGUCUUUCUGUGUCAGCCAGAAGGAUAUGUUUGACUCUGUCUUGAGGGUCACGAACACGAAGGCGGAAGACUGGAAGAUCACCCACGAGAACUCGCAUGAGCGAUACCAAAGUGCCGUGAAGGCGCUUCAACAGGGCGACAGGACUGGCUUUGGCAGGGCUAUGUACACUCGCAUGUUCUUCCCAGAUGGCUCUGGGGCGUACGAGACCACCCACGGCUUGCAAAACGAAGCACUGGGACUACCAAAGGAGGACUUUGAUGAGUUCACAAAGCGGGGCAUCGACCGGGCAAAGGAAGGCCUUACUUACUAA